GUGGGCCAUCGUAAGGCAGUGACCAGACCGCGCCGUCACAGGCCUCGAUCCGCCGUUGACACACCCACCAGCCCAAAGCAGAAAGAGCGAGCGAGUACGUGCAGAAAGGUGGACGCGAGAAGAGAUGAGGAUCGAGGAGGUUCAAUCCGCCUCCAAGAAGCAGCGCAUCGCCACCCAUACACACAUCAAAGGCCUCGGCCUCGACGUUAAUGGGAAUGCGAUUUCUCUGUCUGCGGGGUUCGUCGGGCAGAUGGCUGCAAGAGAGGCAGCGGGCAUUGUGGUGGAUAUGAUACGGCAGAAGAAGAUGGCCGGACGGGCACUUCUACUUGCUGGGCCUCCCAGCACUGGCAAGACUGCUCUGGCUCUCGGUAUUUCUCAGGAGCUUGGGAGCAAGGUUCCUUUCUGUCCGAUGGUUGGAUCAGAAGUGUACUCAUCGGAAGUCAAGAAAACUGAGGUUCUUAUGGAAAAUUUUCGAAGGGCCAUUGGUCUGCGUAUUAAGGAAACCAAGGAAGUCUACGAAGGAGAGGUGACUGAGCUUUCUCCAGAAGAGAGCGAGAAUACAUCUGGUGGAUAUGGGAAAAGCAUAAGUCAUGUAAUUAUUGGGUUAAAGACUGUCAAGGGGACUAAGCAGUUGAAGUUGGAUCCAACUAUUUAUGAUGCUUUGAUCAAAGAAAAGAUUGCUGUAGGUGAUGUUAUUUACAUUGAAGCAAAUAGUGGUGCAGUGAAAAGAGUAGGUCGGUGUGAUGCUUUUGCUACAGAAUUUGAUCUUGAAGCAGAAGAGUAUGUUCCAAUUCCCAAAGGGGAAGUUCAUAAGAAAAAAGAGAUAGUGCAGGAUGUUACACUGCAUGAUCUUGAUGCUGCAAAUGCUCGUCCACAAGGAGGACAGGAUAUAUUAUCUCUUAUGGGCCAGAUGAUGAAACCUCGGAAAACUGAAAUCACUGACAAACUGCGACAGGAAAUUAAUAAGGUUGUUAAUAGGUAUAUAGAUGAAGGCGUUGCGGAGCUUGUACCUGGUGUCCUUUUCAUUGACGAGGUUCACAUGCUAGACAUUGAAUGCUUUUCUUACUUAAAUCGCACAUUGGAGAGUUCAUUAUCACCAAUUGUGAUUUUCGCUACCAAUAGAGGAAUAUGUACUGUCAGGGGAACUGAUAUGAAUAGUCCGCAUGGGAUACCAGUAGAUCUGCUUGAUCGUCUUGUUAUCAUCAGGACAGAAACAUAUGGUCCCACAGAAAUGAUUCAGAUACUGGCUAUUCGAGCUCAAGUUGAAGAGAUUGAUAUCGAUGAAGACAGUUUAGCUUACUUAGGGGAGAUUGGACAACAAGCAUCUUUAAGGCAUGCAAUUCAGCUGCUAUCACCUGCUAGUAUUGUGGCAAAAACAAAUGGAAGAGAUAAGAUUUGCAAGGCUGAUCUUGAUGAAGUAACUUCUCUGUAUUUAGAUGCUAAGUCUUCUGCAAGGCUUCUUCAGGAGCAGCAAGAAAGAUACAUAACCUGAUCAGAUGUUAUCUCCCCUGAACACUAUCCCUACCAGAAAGGAUAGCAGCAGCCAUUCAACAUCUGAUUGGGAAUGCAGAUAUCAUCUUCCUUGAUCAUUAUCCCUUCCAGAUAGGAAGAGAUAGCAGCAGCAGCCAUUCAACGUUUGAUUGGGGAUGCAGAGUGAGAUUGACAGAAACUGCUUUUAGCUGAUCAGCAUCCAGAUGUAGGGUGAUGGUAUAGGCAGCAGCAAUUUUUGCAAGGAUGGUAAUUAGGGAGGUGUAAGAACAGAAAUAGAUUUUGUGUUACUUUAUCUACGUUGUAUUAUUACACUGAGAAAUAACAUCUCCGGUGUGUUCUUCAUCUUCUAUUAUUAUCAUAUUUAUGAGGUUAUAGUGGACA